AUGUUAGUUGAUGCCGUCCUUAACUUCCCCAAUCACGUUCAUUCGUACCCGGUGCCGGCUUCUUCGUCCCCGGCUGAUAUACGUGCUGCUGCCGCCACUGCCUCCACGUUGAUGAGAUCGGAGGCCGGUGAAAACCCGGCUGCAGAGCAAGAGGAAUCUGGUGAUAGGACUAGUAAUGUUGUGGGUACGAUGUCUGGAGUGUCUGGAAAUGAGUUUAUGGAUGAGGAGGCACUUUUCGAUAUGCCUAAUUUGCUGGUGGACAUGGCUGGGGGAAUGCUGGUGAGCCCUCCAAGGAUGAAUUCACCGCCGUCUGAUGAUUCGCCGGGAAAUUCUGAUGGGGAAAGUCUCUGGACCUAUGAUUAACAAGUUUUCUUAAUCAUUAUCCAAUCUGAUCAAAGAAAAAACUUCAAAAAAAUAAUUUUGACAAAAAAAAAAAAUGGGCAGCUUUAAUGCCUGAUUGUUCACCUGAGUAGUUUUUAGAUGAGUGGGGUUAGAACAAAAAUAUGAUCAUGCAGUGUAUUUUUAAGUUUUUAACACUGGUUAGUUAUAUAAAAAAACAUAGGGGUAGGGGUUAUAGUGUAAAAGGCUGUUGUUGGGUCAUCAUCAUGUACUAUAUAUAUAUAUAUAUAUUGUUAUAAGUAGUACAAUGAUUUUUCAA